AUGGAAGGAAUUCGCUCUGCUUCUCAUGCUGGCAGUUGGUAUGUAGGCUCUACUGCUCAAUUAAACACUCAGCUCAAUAAUUGGCUUUCUCAAGCUGAAAUUUCUCAGCCCCAGGCUAAAGUAAUAAUCGGCCCUCAUGCAGGGUAUGCAUAUUCAGGACCUACAGCAGCAUGGGCAUACAAGCAUAUUAAUCCAUCAACCUACAAUCGUGUAUUUUUGCUCGGGCCUUCUCAUCACGUGUACAUUCCUGGCUGUGCUUUGCCAUGUUCAGCCGUAUCUUCACACGACGACUAUUUCAUAACGAUUAUCGAUUAUUUUUUUGCCUAUUUUUUUUUUGGCCUAUUUUUUUUGGCCUUUUUUUUGACAAUUUUUUUAACUAUUUUUUACUAAUAUUUGGGCAUAAUUCCAUACCAGUUGUUUUAAUAUAAUUUUUAAUGUGUUUUAAACGAUUUAACCAAUAAAAAAUGCACCCUUAACAGAUUUCUUACUCCAUAAAUACUAAUUCAUUGCUUUUAAAAUUUCGAGAAUUUAGAUUUAAUUAGGAGUUUUUCACUUAAUUUACCCAAUAUUAAUCGCAUAAGGAAAAGUCUCUGUUUCUCAAUAAUGUUUUAGUCCUCUCAGCAGCUUCAUGAAUGAGGCUAGGCAACAAAAAAAAUAAGCCAAAAAAAAAUAGCCAAAAAAAAAGGCCAAAAAAAAUAGGCAAAAAAAAUAGCUCAAAAAAAAAUAGGUCAAAAAAAAUAGUCGUUUAUGAUAUAGUGGUCGUGUGAAGGAACCCAUGUUCAGCUGUAUACGAGACUCCAUUAGGCAAUCUCCCAAUUGACGAAGAGACUGUAUCAGAAUUAGCAAACACCCAAAAAUUUGCAAGGCUAACUUUAGAAGCUGAAGAAGAAGAGCACUCACUAGAAAUGCAUAUGCCUUAUAUUAGAAAAGUGUUUGAAAAUAAAGACAUCAGACUUGUACCGAUUAUGGUUGGAAAUUUGAAAAAUAAAGCUGAAGAAGAUUACGGGAAGCUUUUGGCACCGUUUUUGAGAGAUCCUGCGACUUUAUUUGUGGUGUCUUCAGAUUUUUGUCAUUGGGGAAGCAGGUUUGGGUUUACACCUUAUGACAGAAGUAAAGGAGAAAUCCACCAGAGUAUUGAAGCUAUGGAUAGAGAAGGAAUGAGAUUAAUUGAGCAGCAAAACCCGGAGGGAUUUCAACAGUAUCUUAAAGAUACAGAUAACACUAUAUGUGGUCGACAUCCAAUUGCAGUUACUUUAUUCGCUAUGAGGCAUUCAGGAUUGAAUUUUCAGACUAGGUUUGUGCGCUAUGCUCAAAGCGAAAACGUUACAAACCCAAGAGGCAGCUCAGUUUCAUAUGCGGCUGGAGUCAGUUCAGUUAAUGAAUAA